AUUACUACCCCAUCCCUCUUACAGAUUAUUUGGUCUCUUUUAUCUUCCAAGAAACCCAAUUUUUUUUCCUCAAAAGGGAGGAAAAAAUAGGUUACAGAAAAUAAUGGAGUCGAAUAAAACGUUUUGGAUCAUCAUCGUGAUCGUCACGGUUUCUACGUUGGUGGAGUCCAAAUCUGUGCGGCUCAGAGAUUCUUACGUUGCGAGAUCUCUGCUCUCUGUCUCUCCACCUUCAGAGUCUCCAUCUUCCUCACCAGCUCCGGGUCCGGAAGUUGAAAAUACGAUCGCUAUCCCGGUGAGUUCUCCUACAGAGAUUGAUAUAGACUCUCCCUCACCGUCAUCAGGGGCUCCUGCUGAUUCCAUUUCUCCAACUAAUGCUCCAACCACAAGCUCUCCCUCACCGUCACCAAGGGCUCCUGCUGAUUCUCCAACUACGGACUCUCCCUCUCCCUCCCCAGAGGUAGAUAUGGACUCUCCCUCGCCGUCAUCAGAGGCUCCCGUGGACUCAACUUCCCCUGCUAAUCCUCCGACGGAGAUGGAUAUAGACUCUCCAUCUCCGUCACCAGAGGCUCCCGAAGAUUCAAUUUCUCCUGCUAAUCCUCCCACGGAGAUGGAUAUAGACUCUCCAUCUCCGUCACCAGAGGCCCCCGAGGAAAUCCCCGGGGCUCCAUCUGGCAAAACACUUAUAAGUUCAGCUACAACUCUUCUGAAACAAACAUUGUUGCCUCCUGAGAUCAAAACCAUUUGCGGCAAAACCGAUAACCCUAAGCUAUGCGAAUCUUCCAUUAGUCCUUUGUUAACGGCUGCUAUAAAACCAGACGCUUCCUCUGUUCUCGUUCUCUCCAUUCAAGCUUCCAUCAACGCGACGAAGGCGGUGAUGCCUACCGUCAACAAAGUAGCCGCAGCGGAUUGUCAGGAGCUGUACGAUGACGCGGUGUCGAACUUGGAGGACGCGAUUAACGCCGUCAAGGAAAGUGACAUCGCCACCGUUAACACUAACUUGAGCGCGGCCAUGACGGAUUACGGCACGUGUAACGAUGGGUUUGAGGAGACUGGUGAGCCUAACCCGUUGGCUGACGUGGCUGAUAAGCUUCACAAGAUGGUUAGUAAUUGUCUGGCUAUCUCUACGUUGAUCAAGUGAUGAAUAUACAUAUGGCGUUACGUUUUCAAAUCUUGAGAUUGUUAAAACAAAACAAAAUGUGAUGUUUCGCUAUCUCUACGUUGUAUUCAUAUAUAUUUUAAAGAGAGGUGAAGGUUUAGGCGUUA